UCCAUAUAUAAAUACAAUUAGAAAAGCUAUAAAUGGGCCUUUUUUUUUUCAAUACUUAAACUCACAUCAAAAUAGAUACAGAAAAUGACUGCACUUUCAAAUUUCCUUAAAAUUUCUGCUAAAAAGCCUGAAAUUUAUCCUAUUGUUGGGAUCUUGACUUUUGCUCUUUCUGGUGCAGCUUACUUUGGUGCUCGUGCUAUGAGAGCCCCUGAUGUAGUUUGGAAUUCUAAAUCAAAUCCUCAUCCAUGGCAAGAAAUUAAAGAUGGCGAACAAGUAAAAUUAAUCGCUUUGAAUCAAAAAUAUGAUAAUCGUUGGCAACGUAAGAAUUGGUAGUUAUACCAGCCUAUGAACAAAUUUAUAUGUCUAUACUGGAACAUUCCUUGUAAAUUUUAAUACCUACAUAUUACUCUUUUAAAACAUUAAUAAACUAAAGAAAAAGAGAGUGUGAGUGAGAGAGAGAGAGAAACACUCUUCUUUUUGUGUAAAUAAUGAACUAA